AUGUGCUGCUCCCCUUGCUGCCAGCCCACCUGCUACAGGACCACCUGCAGAACCACCUGCUGGAGGCCCACCUGCUGUGGGUCCAGUUGUGGGUCCUGCUGCUGCCAGCCUUGCUGCCGCCCAACCUGCUGCCGCCCUUGCUGUGUGAGCAGCUGCUGCCGGCCUUGCUGCUGUAGCACUCCCUGCUGCCAGCCCAGCUGCUGUGGGUCCAGCUGUGGCGGGUCCUGCUGCUGCUCGCCCUGCUGCCAGCAACCCACCUGCUGUGGAUCCAGCUGUUGUGGGUCCACUUGCUGUGGGUCCAGCUGCUGCCAGCCUUGCUGCCGCCCCUGCUGUGGGUCCAGCUGCUGCCAGCCUUGCUGCCGUCCCUGCUGUGUGUCCAGCUGCUGCCAGCCUUGCUGCCGCCCAUGCUGUGUGUCCAGCUGCUGCCAGCCUUGCUGCCGCCCAUGCUGUGGGUCCAGCUGCUGCCAGCCUUGCUGCCGCCCAACCUGGUGUCAGACCACCUGCUGUAGAACCACCUGUUGCCGGCCCAGCUGCUGCUGCCGCCCCUGCUGUAACAGAAGAAGUCCUCAGAAUCUGAGAAACUCACCUCUGAACACAAACUCACCUUCUACACCUGACACCAUGUGCUGCUCCCCUUGCUGCCAGCCCACCUGCUGUGGAUCCAGCUGUUGCCGGCCCAGCUGCUGCUGCCGCCCAUGCUGUGUGUCCAGCUGCUGCCAGCCUUGCUGCCGCCCCUGCUGUGGAUCCAGCUGUUGUGGGUCCAGCUGUUGCCAGCCCAGCUGUUGCUGCCGCCCAUGCUGUGUGUCCAGCUGCUGCCAGCCU